CUUGUGCGCCUGGUCGAGUUCGGUUCAGUUCUCGUGCGUGUCUUCUGGGACGGAUUCAGCUUUCCUCGCACGUCCUGUCCUGAGGGCAGUACGGUCACAUCAGAAGGCACUUCCAAGUGUCCGGGGCCCGUCGGUAGGUGUUCGGUGUCGUCAUCGGCUCCACUAAUUCUAGCCGCGUGAGUUCAUCCGUCUUUGCAAUCCAUGCCCGCGUAGUGUUUCACGAUUGCUGUACUGUUGACUAGGGAAGCCAGCAUUACUUGCAUAAACUAUGUCUUCGAUUCACCGGCGUAAGUCGAGCAAGGAAGACGACUCGGACGACGUGGUGAACCUGGAUGUUGAUGUCACCUCAAACUCCAACAUUGCAGUGACACCCCCGACUCCAUCGAGAAGUCGCGCACGUUCCUCUCCCAAAGCGAACUUGCCCCUGGGUCCGGGAAUCCCGGGUCGGUCAAAGCCGCCACCUCAACCUCUGGGAACAGGCAUUCCUGCACGCCGUCCUCCAAGCGUGAGCCUAAAUUCCCCUCCUACUUCUCCUUUCAGCGUGUCCUUCGCCGCAGCGCAUACUCGUGCACACUCGCGCACACGGUCUAUCUCAUCCGGCCCCUUCGUUUCUCCCUUGCCCUCACCACUUCAAUCUUCCUUCACGCCCGCCCAUGUCCCUCUCUUCCCAUUCCCAACGUCCAAUACUCUACCAGAACUCAAUGUUAUGGAUACCGAUACCAAUAUGCCUGAUACACGAGCACUUCCACCAGGACACACUAGGAGACAUUCCCGUCUUCACUCACGCAACCUCUCAAUAUUCUUCCCGCGUCCCCACGCUACGAUCUCCGAGGACGACAGACCCGAAGACGAAGAAGCUCCCGCACCUCCACCAGAACCGCUCAUUAUCCCAACCGCUCACUCAGAAAACACCCUCGCGCCAGGUCGCAGUAGGGGUGAACUGGACACCUCAUUCUCGUUCGGGGGCGUACCCAAGUCAGACUCGACUCAAGACAGUACUAUGGGUGGAUUUAGAAUGGCGAUGAAGAGUCGCAGAGGCCACCAUCACCAACAUUCCCUAUCUCACAGCUUCUUUUCAUUCCUCGAGCCUGGAACGGGACAAAAACACGUACCUGCUGUUCCGAAUAAACUAGAAGAUCUGCACACAACUCCAACGCCAACGCCCAUCUCUCCUUGGACCCCAAUAUCCAACGCAUCCCUCUUUGCAACGGCGUCGAACCUAUCUGCUCCGGAACUUAUUCCCCGCUCCCAGUCCAAAUCCCCCGGUGCGACUUCUUCCUUGUCUGAUUCGCCUUCCUCUUCGAGUCUACCUGCAUCAUCCAAUAGAGGAGUAUCACGUUCCGGAGGGGCAGCAGCAGCAACGGCAGUUGUACAGUUCCUGCUCGGGGCAUUUUUGUGGGCUCACGGACAGAGUAUCGGGUCGUUGGCGUGUACCGGACUUGGAUACUGGGUAGUUUUCGAUGCGGUUGGCGUUGCGGGUCCUCCACUUAUCGCAUACCAUGCAAGUGCGGUCGGAAGUGGUAUGUAUGGUCCGGCACGCAGCGAAACAACGCUGUUGUUUGCUCAGUGCGUGUAUCUCAUGUUUGCGGGUGUCUAUGUCGCGAAGGAGGCUGUCGAGCAUCUUUUGUUGGCUGCUGGCAGCAGUGCGCACGCGCAUGGCCACGGCAGUAGUGGCCCAAAUAGUGGAGAUGGGCACCAUCACCACUGGGGUGACGAGAGACCGGAAAACCUUGGCCUUCGAUUCCCCGUCUUCCUUGUGCUUCUUGCCUUAUUAGCACUCGCCGGGACGACCACCGUAUUUGGCCAACACGACGUUCUCGUUGAUAUCACAAAUAUACACAUACCCUCGCCCCUCGAGUUUUUCCAGCGCCACCAUCACGUUGCCUCUCCUCGGAAGGAAUCGACAUCUCCCAUAAAGCGACUCGUUCGGAAUCCGUAUGCGCUGCCUCCUAUCUUGUUUUGCAUGGCCAUUCUAGUUGCCGAGCUCGUAUUAGAUGUGGCCCAUUAUGCGCCGUUCGAUCUCGGCCUCGCUAGCUUGCAGGUGGUUGUAAUGAUCCAUGUUGCAUAUGCGGCUUGUGUAGUUCUCGGUGGUGUAUUGUUGCAGACUGCGCCUUCGAUGGUUUCGGCGACGUCAAGAGGGAUAAGGGGACCUGGUAAAAUGGAGGCAUUUUGGAGGGCCGUUAGAGAGAUCGAACGUCACGAACACGUAGUACACCUCCCAGCACCGCACGUAUGGCAAGUCAUUCCAGCAGGCCAACCGCGUUCCGUCGAAUGUUCUAUUCGUCCACGCCGGCAUACAAUCACAAACAACCAUGCACACCACGAUCACGAUCGUAGCCACGGUCACAAUGGUCAUAUCCAACUUGUUCCUCACCACGAUCUCCACAAUUGCGAUCACGACCCCCAUAUUCGCUCAGAUGACUCGGACCUGUCUCCUACAUUAAUCGUAACAAUUUCACCGGUCGUACGCAAGGACUUACCGGAUUCGGAAGUGCUAGCUCUUACACAAUGGGCGUCCUCACGUGUCUAUGGGGCAUUUGGAUAUAUAGGGUCUGGAUCUUUGGGGACGAAUAACCGCAGGAGCGAAAUCAGUGGGGUGGAGGUUACUGUGGGCGUGGUGCGGGGGUAAGUGGUGACCUUGUUCGGUUUUUCUGGGGUUUCUGGGUAAGACUAUGUGUUGUUGUGGUGCGAAAGAAAGUUAGGGGUUCGACCGCUACACUCGUUCUGCUCUGGCAGUUUGUGCUAUACCCAGGUCUUCUACAAUGCGGAAUGAAUCUGUAUUAUCCCGUGGACAAACAACCCAGUGAGCCUGUGCUAAAGACUUGAAUUAUAUGAUCCCGAUGGAAUGCCGUUCGGUUUCAUUCCUAAUGAGGAAAAAAAUAUAUCAGUGUGCCCAGCGGUGGACGUCA